AUGAGCCAAAAGAUAUCACUCAAGGAUGAAGAUCUUUUUCGCAUCAACUACUUGUGUGAGAGGAAAAUUACGGAUUUACGCAAGUUCAGCUAUUACCGCCACUACCGAUCCAUGUACAAGGAACUUUCACGACAACAUGGUCUGUUGGAUAAAGAUGACGAUGAAGGAGAGAGCUCCAGGAAAAUUCAGAAAAUUGAGGUACGACUGAAUGCUAAGACGCUGACCACCUCAUUAAUUGAACUGGUUACGACCGCUCGCAAGUCCACUGGAGGUAAGGCUCCUCGCAUGCAGUUGGUAACGAAGGCCGCUCGCAAAAGCGCUCCAGCCACUGGAGGAGUAAAGAAGCCUCAUCGCUACCGGCCAGGCACCGUCGGCCUGCGUGAGAUCCGUCGUUAUCAGAAAUCGACCGAACUGCUGAUCCGCAAGUUGCCUUUCCAGCGUCUGGUCCGUGAAAUUGCCCAGGACUUCAAGACCGAUCUGCGGUUCCAGAGCUCAGCUGUUAUGGCUCUACAGGAAGCUAGCGAGGCUUAUCUGGUCGGUCUGUUCGAAGAUACCAACCUGUGUGCCAUCCACGCCAAGCGUGUCACAAUCAUGCCAAAGGAAAUCCAGCUGGCUCGUCGUUUCCGUGGUGAACGCGCUUAA